AUGACAAAUAGGAGUUGCCACUACAAACUAGUAAUCCUUGGAGAAUCAGCUGUUGGGAAAUCCAGCAUAGUCCUCAGGCUCGUGAAGUGUCAAUUUAGUGAGUAUCAAGAGGCGACAAUUGGAGCUGCUUAUCUGACUCAGACGAUCGUCCUCAAAGAGCCACCGACAACAGUUAAAUUCGAGAUAUGGGAUACGGCAGGACAAGAACGAUAUCACAGUUUGGCCCCUAUGUAUUACAGGGGAGCUCAAGCCGCUGUUGUAGUUUACGACAUAACAAACUCGAGUUCCUUUGAGCGCGCUAAAUCAUGGGUUAAUGAACUCAAGGAAAAGGCCAAUACUCCCCAAGUGAUAGCACUUGCUGGAAACAAGGUGGAUCUUGAGGGACAGAGGGCAGUUUCCUUUGAAGAGGCACAGGAAUACGCUAAUCAAAAUCGUUUACUGUUCAUGGAGACGUCAGCUAAGAUGGCGACUAAUGUAACGGAGCUAUUCACUGCUAUAGCCCAAAAUUUACCUCAUGAUGCAGAGCCAUCUAGACCAUCUGGGGGACAACAACUUACUCAAGGCAAUUCACCUUCACAGCCUAAACAAUGCUGUAGAUAA